AUGGGCAAUGUUACGGGACCGGUGGCGGCGAGAUUGGCGUUUUUCCCGCCAGAACCAGCGACGUACGAGAUUUCCCGGGGCGGGGACGGGAGGGUGCUGGUGUCUGGUGUGAGCGGCGACAAGAAUUUGGAGGCUCACGUGCUACAGACGAAGGGUGGGAACAAGAUCGUUGCGACCUUCUGGAAGCACCCUUUCGCCAGGUUCACCUUGCUCUACUCCCAUGGCAAUGCCGCUGACUUGGGCCAGAUGUAUGACCUUUUUCUUGAACUCAGGGCACACCUCCGGGUCAAUAUCAUGAGCUACGAUUAUUCAGGAUAUGGAGCAUCAACAGGUAAGCCAUCGGAGUUCAACACAUAUUAUGACAUAGAGGCUGUGUAUGAUUGUUUGAAGAGAGACUAUGGAGUUCAGCCAGAAAAUUUGAUUUUGUACGGCCAAUCAGUUGGUAGUGGGCCCACGAUACAUUUGGCUACUAAGUUAAGGAAUUUGAGAGGUGUUGUCAUUCACAGUGGCAUUCUUUCGGGGAUAAGGGUCUUGUACCCUGUAAAGGUCACAUUUUGGUUUGACAUAUUCAAAAAUAUAGACAAAAUAAGGCAUGUUGACUGUCCAGUCUUAGUUAUACAUGGAACUAAUGAUGAAAUCGUUGACUGGUCCCAUGGAAAACGAUUGUGGGAACUUUCCAAGGAAAAAUAUGACCCUUUGUGGGUGAAGGGUGGGGGUCAUUGCAACCUUGAGGCUUUCCCUGAGUACAUCAAGCACUUACGCAAGUUCCUAAAUGCCAUGGAGAAAAUCUCAAUAACAGGAGAGACAAACAAACAAGUCACUCAAAAUCCUACUAAUACUAAUGCUAAUACUAAUACUAAUACUGAAUCCAAACAAAACAAAUGUUUAAGAUUUGGUCUAAAAAAAUAG